AAUGGCGUACGUCAGCAUGAGAUAUGAAAGAACCUUUUUGUUUGACGUAGCACCCGUGUAAUUUGUUGUCAAAAUUUCUGGUGUGGCAGUGAAAACGUUUGUGAAACUCUAGCCCAUCUACUGGAAAGUCUCAGCGAAAAAGCAGGGCCGCAACGCCCAGCUUUAAGCCUAGUCUUCGAUCGUCUGUUGCUUAAAAAUUUAUUGGCAAAUUUUAAAAUUCAGAUUUUACUUUAUUUCGAGAAGGAGAGCAAAGCUGCAAAUUUGUUUUGCUGAUCAACAAUAUAGCAUUUCAAGAUGUUGUCGCCUAGAUAUAAAGUUGUCGUACUUGUGGUAUCUGCAUAUCUAAGUUGCUGCCAUGCAUUCUACGUGCCCGGCGUGGCGCCUGUUGAAUUUCACAAAGGAUCAAAAAUUGAAGUGAGGGCUGUCAAGAUGACCAGCACACACACUCAACUUCCUUAUGAAUACUAUUCACUGCCUUUCUGCCUGCCAAAGAAUGGGACGUUUAUCUACAAGUCUGAAAAUCUUGGCGAAGUUUUGAGGGGCGAUCGCAUUGUCAAUACUCCUUAUGAACUUCGAAUGGCUGAAAACAUUCCUUGCAGGCUUCUCUGCCAUUCGCCUGGAAACCCCAUGACCUGGGGAGACGAAUCCUCCCAAUCUGUCAUAAAUAGAAUUCAGCAUGAAUACUUUGUCCACCUCCUUGUCGACAAUCUUCCUGUGGCCACAAGAGUGACUGAUCCAGACACAGGAGAAGUUCGGUUUGAGCACGGCUACAGACUUGGCAUGACAAUUGAUUCAAAGAGCUACGUGAACAACCAUUUGAAACUUAAACUUCUGUACCACACAGAAAACAAUGACACAUUCCGAGUUGUUGGUUUUGAAGUCGAAACCUACAGUAUUGACCAAAGCCAGAUGACCUUUGACAAAGCUAAAGGAGGGUCAGACUGGCAGUGCACCUUCCCGAGCCAACACAAGCAGCAGUUGGUCAAUCCACAUGGAGGCACACGGCUGUUCUUCACGUAUAGCGUCGAGUGGCACCCCUCCCCCAUCAGCUGGGCUUCUCGGUGGGACAUUUACCUCCGCAUGUCUGACGUGCAGAUCCACUGGUUUUCCAUUGUCAAUUCACUGGUUGUAGUUUUCUUCCUGUCAGGUAUAUUGACCAUGAUCAUGGUCAGAACUCUUCGCCGAGACAUUGCUCGCUACAACCAAGAUGAGGGCCCUGAUGAGGCGGUGGAGGAGACAGGAUGGAAGUUGGUCCAUGGAGACGUGUUCAGACCCCCUAGACACCCGCGACUUUUUGCUGCCGUGCUCGGGAGCGGAAUUCAAAUCUUUUUGAUGGCCCUGAUCACCAUUUUCUUUGCAAUGCUGGGCAUGCUGUCUCCUGCAUCUCGUGGUGCUCUUGCUACUGCUGCCAUUUUCCUCUACGUGUUCAUGGGACUGAUUGCUGGUUACUUCUCUGCAAGAGUUUACAAAACCAUGAAGGGCAAGGAGUGGAAACGUGCUGCAUUUUUGACAGCCACGUUGUACCCUGGAAUAAUCUUCUGCAACUGCUUCUUCCUCAACUUUUUCAUCUGGGGCAAGCACUCGAGCGGAGCUGUUCCCUUCACCACCAUGCUGGCUCUCUUGUGUCUCUGGUUCUGCAUUUCUCUGCCUCUGGUCUACCUGGGAUACUACUUUGGAUUCCGCAAACAACCCUUCCAGCAUCCAGUCCGCACUAAUCAGAUCCCGCGACAGGUGCCAGAGCAGCUUUGGUAUAUGAACACUUUCCUCUGCACCCUAAUGGCUGGUGUUCUACCGUUUGGAGCCGUAUUCAUCGAGCUCUUCUUCGUAUUCACUGCUAUUUGGGAGAACCAGUUCUACUAUCUCUUUGGGUUCCUUUUCCUUGUCUUUUUGAUCUUAGUCGUGUCUUGCUCGCAAAUUUCUAUUGUGAUGGUGUACUUCCAGCUUUGUGGAGAGGACUAUCGUUGGUGGUGGCGAAGUUUCAUCGUUUCUGGAGGCUCCGCGGUGUAUGUGUUUGCAUACUCUGUGUUCUACUUUGCCACAAAACUUGAAAUCUCCGAGUUCAUCCCUACAUUGCUGUACUUUGGCUACACAGGCAUCAUGGUGCUCACUUUCUGGUUGUUGACUGGCACCAUUGGCUUUUUCGCCGCCUACGCCUUCAUAAGGAAAAUUUACGGUGCUGUCAAGAUUGACUAAACAUUGAACUGUGAUACAAGCAGCCCACUUCUUACCAAGUUGAUUGAAGUGUAGUUUGAUCUUAUCAAGUGGAUGUAUUUUAUGUGAAGAGUAUUUCAUGCCAGUCACUUGUGAAUUCUUCAAAUCUUUUUAUUUUAACUGUAGUGCACAUACUAAAGAGUUUUGGAGUCUGCUGAAUUUACAUGUAAGGCUAUAAAAAUUGACUUAAAAACUCAAUAAAUCAUUAAGAUUUGCUUUCCAUAA